GUCAAAGCCACCAAACCUUCCUCGAAGCAAGUCGCGCUCUUGGAUUGGUCCCGAGGAGGCUCCACGAAGCUGAAGUUGAAUCAGACCUGAAGUCAUACUGCUGGUCUGGAGCAACAUGUACACACCCAUCCCGCAGAGUGGUUCCCCAUUCCCAGCCUCAGUCCAAGACCCAGGCCUACACAUAUGGCGCGUGGAGAAGCUGAAGCCCGUGCCCCUAGCGCGAGAGAACCAUGGCAUCUUCUUCUCUGGGGACUCCUACCUAGUGCUUCACAAUGGCCCCGAAGAGGUCUCCCAUCUGCACCUGUGGAUAGGUCAGCAGUCAUCCCGGGACGAGCAGGGGGCCUGUGCUGUGCUGGCCGUGCACCUCAACACCCUCCUUGGGGAGCGGCCUGUGCAGCACCGUGAGGUUCAAGGGAACGAGUCGGACCUCUUCAUGAGCUACUUCCCGCGUGGCCUCAAGUACCAGGAAGGUGGUGUGGAGUCCGCAUUUCACAAGACAAACUCGGGGGCCACCCCAGCAGCCAUCAAGAAGCUCUACCAUGUUAAGGGGAAGAAAAACAUCCGUGCCACUGAGAGGGCGCUGAGCUGGGACAGCUUUAACACCGGGGACUGCUUCAUCCUGGACCUGGGCCAGAACAUCUUCGCCUGGUGUGGUGCAAAGUCCAACAUCCUGGAACGUAACAAGGCAAGGGACCUGGCCCUGGCCAUCAGGGACAGCGAGCGGCAGGGCAAGGCCCAGGUGGAAAUUAUCACCGAUGGAGAGGAGCCAGCCGAGAUGAUUCAGGUUCUGGGCGCCAAGCCUGCUCUGAAGGAGGGCAACCCUGAGGAAGACCUCACAGCUGAUAAGACCAAUGCCCAGGCUGCGGCCCUGUAUAAGGUCUCUGAUGCCACUGGACAGAUGAAUCUCACCAAGGUGGCUGACUCUAGCCCCUUUGCCUCUGAACUGCUGAUUCCAGAUGACUGCUUUGUUCUGGACAACGGACUCUGUGGCAAAAUCUACAUCUGGAAGGGGCGAAAAGCUAACGAGAAGGAGCGGCAGGCAGCCCUUCAAGUGGCCGAUGGCUUCAUCUCUCGGAUGAGAUACUCCCCAAACACUCAGGUGGAGAUUCUACCCCAGGGCCGAGAGAGUCCCAUCUUCAAGCAAUUCUUCAAGGACUGGAAGUGAGGGUGGGAGUCCCCAGCCUGCCCUCCGGUCUCCCACCAUUUGCCCCCUCCCCCCGCUGCUGAGUCAGCACCAAGGUGCCCUCCGGAUGCUCAAUAAAGGACGCACAUUCCUUUCCUAGU